AUGGAGGCAGGAAAGACGACUGAGAGCGACCUGGAUCGUCAGAUCGCGUUUUUACUGAGCAAUGACCAACCAUCUAGUAUUUUGCCGGAGAAUGAGGUCGUUGCGCUAUGUCAAAAAGCGAAGGAGAUCCUCUCUCAAGAACCCAACGUCAAGAACGUUCACAUACCGGUCACUGUCAUCGGGGACAUCCAUGGGCAAUUCGGCGAUCUAAAAGAAUUGCUGUCCAUAUCUGGCGAGGCUCCUGAGACGAACCUGGUAUUUUUGGGCGACUAUGUUGACCGUGGAUAUUUUUCUGUCGAGUCGGUUAGCCUAGUAGUGGCUUUGAAGGUUCGUUGGAAGGAGCGCGUGGUCAUCAUUCGAGGCAAUCACGAGAGUCGCCAGGUAACUCAGGUAUAUGGCUUCUACGACGAGUGCCUCCGCAAAUACGGUAGCGCUAGAGUUUGGAAGGCGUUUACGGACUUGUUUGACUACCUGCCUCUGGCUGCAUUAAUUGAAGAUUCAAUCUUCUGUCCCCAUGCAGGCCUCUCGCCGUCAGUGGAAACCGUAGACUACGUGCGCGAUUUGGAACGGACUAUGGAAGUUCCUCACGACGGAGCCAUGUGCGAUCUUCUAUGGAGCGACCCGGACGAUCGACCCGGCUGGGGCAUAAGUCCCAGAGGAGCAGGAUUUACGUUUGGCGAGGACAUCACUCAACAAUUCACCCACCGAAAUAAUCUAAAUCUUAUUGCUAGAGCACACCAACUGGUGAUGGAAGGAUACCAGUGGUCGCAAAGCAACCUCGUUGUAACAAUCUUUUCGGCACCCAACUACUGUUAUAGAUGCGGCAAUCAAGCCGCUAUUCUAGAGAUUGACCAGAAUAUGCAAUACACAUUUAUUCAAUUCGAUCCUUGUCCGGAAAAGGUGACGCCAAUGCUGGAAGAAGAAAAGCGAUUGCCAGACUAUUUCCUCUAG